UGUGACUAUACAAGUACACACGCUGAUUUCUAAUAGAGGACUAGUAAUAUUCAACAAAUCGUCAACAUGUCGCGCAUGUAGUGUUGUUAUUUAUUUAUUUAAUGUUUGUGGUUUUUAACUGUUUGUGGAUCUUUGUGUUACUAUAAUGAAGUUUACGAGGCAAUGAUUAAUGAACAUUAAAGAAUAAUGAAAUGAGUUAUUUAUGUGUACGGCUGAUUAUACGAAAAACCGGUUUAGAUACAAGUUUUCUGUGAAAUAAAACUGAGACCGACUUUGUUUACAAUGGCGUUUUCAAUAAAUAAACUUAAAAAUAUUUUGAAUAUAAAUAAAGACAGUCAGUUAACGGGUAGUGGUAGCUUGGACCCGGAAAUUGGUUUCAAAUUAGCGUUACAUCCAGUUAAUAAAAAUUUGUACGUGACUGUUAUCGGCGCCCGGCAUCUCCCAUCCUUGUUUGGACUUAGUCGAGCUCAUGGAUACCUCGUUAAGGUCAAAAUGUUUCCCGGCGAUAAUAAGUACGAAACUACGUUACAAGAAAGUUCAUGGCCUAUUUGGAACGAAGAUUUUAAAUUUCAAUUAAAACAAAAGGAUGUGAAGAAAGCAACUGAUAAAAUUGAUCUUCAGAAUUUAGUUGCCGGACAUUUUAUAUCACUCACUAUUUAUGCAUUAUUAGAACCAACAAAAGCUGAUGUGGAUAGAAGAAAAAGUGCCAAAACUUUAGAUUCGAAGACAUCUAAACCAAUGACUGAAGAUGAACAAAAAACAAAACCGGGUAAUCUAUUUGGGAAAACAUUUAACAGUUUCAAAUCUACAAGGACUGAAGCGAUUGCACAAAAGUCUAUAUUAGAAAAAAGACGAACUGUUGGGGCAGCUACAUGGAAUUUCGAUUCGAAAUUAUUUCAAAACGAUCUCAAGAAUGGUUUAAUUGGCACUCCCGAUAUUUGGAGGCCGAUAAAUGCGAUUGCUAGCGGAUUGUCAGCCGCUGAUUCUAGAAGAGAAAAUAAGAAAGGGCAGCUCGAAGUUACAUUACUGUACACGGCAAGUGAAGACGGACUAAAUGAUACGGUGCAGUUGACUGUAAACAGACUCAGGUGUUCAGUCCAAACUAUGCAAGAGCAAGAACAAUACAAAGCUCCCUUGUACCUGAAAGCGACUAUAUUAGAAGCUAAUAAAGCAGAAUGCUAUUGGAAAAGUGAUAGAUUUGUCCCAACAAUAUCCGCCAGAUGGGAUCCGAAGUCGGCAACGGUGAAGUUAACGGUAUUCAAAGCUAGUUUGAAUAAAGUUAGCAUUUAUAUUAGCCUCGGGUGUAAGACUAAAAUGGCGAAGAAGGAAAUGUUAGGGAAGGCCCAUAUUGAUGAGAAAUCUCCUUACUCGGACAGUUGGAGUGAAUGUUUGAGGCAGCCGGGGAUACCGAAAACGUUUUGGGUCAACUUCGAGUGAUUUAAUAUCCUUCCAUAUAAAGUUACAAAUAUCUUUGAACGUUAUAAUAAAACAAACGACUUUGCACAUUUAACCGUAAGGCUGCAUUCACACAGUGGUCUGUUUUGCCGGAUACGUUUUUAUUUGGCUAUGGGGUAUGUAUUGGUUCACGAAUUCACACACGACAGUAUUCCGGAACCAAUAAAACACAACUCCAGUAGUGACGAAUGCGUUAAAAACUACCCUGAAAAUACGGACCUUCUGUGUGAAUAUGCAUUUAUGUUACAUCUAUGUGUGCAUUGUUUGGAAUUUAAUGUAAUUUUGAAAUUCAAACAAUAUUAAUGAAUAUUUGGAAAUUAAUGUAUACAUUCCCUUUGUUUAAAUUCGGGGCAUGUUACAUAACAAAAAAGUAUUGACAAUAUAAAUUAACAAUAUAACCUCAUAUUUUUAUACUUUAUUUUAGUUAAUGUUACUAUUGUAUAAUGUAGCUGAUAAUUACGAAAUGAUUAUAUGUGAUAUAAAUAUUUAUACUAUAAGUGACUAAAAAAUUUACUAUAAACUUGCUAUUAUAAUUAAUCUGCAGCUAUUUUUCCUUUAAUAAAUAAAAUAUAUUAGUUUGUAUGCAUACAUUAUAAGUUAAA